AUGCCACAAUUUAAAAAAGAGAUUGAUCGACUCACAAGUGCCGGUAUUUUAAAGGCCGUGAAAUUUUCGAAAUGGGCUUCUCCCAUUGUGUUAGCGCCGAAAUCAGACGGCUCAUUGAGAAUUUGUGGAGACUUUAAAUUAGCUGUCAAUGCCCAAAUUGAUAUUGAGCGUUACCCAAUGCCAACGCGCGAGAGUCUUUUGCACACAAUUCGUUGCGGGCAGCAUUUUUCUAAAAUCGACCUGAAGGACGCGUACCUACAGAUGGAGCUCGAUGAUGAUUCCAAAGAAAUUAUGGUAAUUAACACGCCACUUGGAUUGUUCCAAUACCAACGUCUGCCCUACGGAAUAGCAAGUGCUCCAGCCAUAUUCCAAAAAUACCUCGAACAGCUAUUGCAAGCUGUGGAAGGUUGUGGAAAUUAUCUCGAUGAUAUUAUUGUCACAGCGCCAACAUUUUCGAAACAUGUCAGCCGUUUGGAACAAAUUGAAUACCUCGGGCGCAAAAUUAGUGCUCAGGGCGUAUUGCCGGACGAAUCGGGCGUUAAAGCGGUCCAAAAUCUUCCACCGUCCACCAACCUCAAGCAAGUAGAAGCUUUCAUGGGAAAGCAUUUAAGCGAAGAAAAUUAUCACGCGCCCAUUGCGAAAUUUGCAGACAAGUCACUAUUUAUUUUACAACACAUAUCCUCAACAAGACCAACACGGCUAGACAAAUACAACUGA